UUCCUUCUCUGAGAACCGGAAAUGGUUGCACGCUGCAAUAAACAAACCUUAAAUGUGUUCUUGGUGGUUCUUUAAAUCAGUCUAGUGCAUUCUGUAAUGGAUCUUCCAUGCGUUCAAUGGCAAAAUCAUGUCGCCCGGAAAUGGAGUUCGCUUCAUGCAGGGAUGAGAGAAAUAUUUCCAUCCUUGGUGGAUGUUGAUGAUAUUUUCAAAUAUGGUUUAAGCCAAACAACUCACAGUGACUUAGACUUCAUGAAGUCAGUCUCUGAUGGAUACUUGAUGAAGAAGGACCCUGAGCAAGCAGUUAAAUACAGGGAGAAGGGUAACUCUCACUUCAAAGCUGCAGACUACAAGGUUGCAACUCUGCACUAUUCACAGGGUAUUUGUUUUGCUCCUAGUAGUUCAGAGCAGCUCUCUCUGUGCUACGCAAACCGAUCAGCUGCUCUUUACCAUCUGAAUCACUACCAGGACUGCCUUGCUGACAUUGAAAGAGCCUUGAAGGCCGGCUAUCCCUCUCAUCUAUCACACAAACUACAGGACCGUCGCACCAUGUGCCUGAAUCAACUCUGUAAAAAAACUACUGAAGAUAAUCCAAGUCUGUGCUCCAACGGAAAAGCCAGGGUGUCAGCUUCAAAUGUUAGGAUUUGUCCCAAAGUGACAAUUGACUACAAUUUGGAAAAAGGCCGACACCUGGUGGCUGUAGAGAGAAUUGAACCUGGAGAUGUGAUUCUCACCGACAGGCCAUACAGCUUUGUUCUUAUACCUGAAAUAGAGGAGACGAGGAAGAAAGAUGCAAGGACAGAACUGUUUGGAACGCAGCACAGGCGCUGUCACCAGUGUUUGGCUGAAACUCUGUGUCCCGUUCCUUGUGAGGGGUGCAGUUACAGCCGAUACUGUUCAGUUAGAUGUCAGCGGGAAGCCUGGGAGGAGCAUCACUGCUGGGAGUGUUCACUGGAAGCAGACCUAAUGGCCAUGGGCAUCAUAGCACAUUUAGCACUCAGAAUCACACUAAAGGCAGGUUUGAAAACCAUUCAAGAAGCAAGACAACCUGUCACCAACAGACAUGAGGAGGCUAACGGUCUGAUCAAUCCCAAUCCAUGCUCAGAUGAGGUGGAUCCUUUUGCAUCACACUAUGGUGACUCCUACAUGAGUGUGUUUCACCUAUUGCACCAUAUAAGUCAUCAAAGCACCGCUGUGCGAUUCCUCUAUGCAAUAACUGCAGCAGCUCUCUGCAUGAAGCUCAGCGAGGCAGGGUUGUUUCUUGUUUCAAGGAACAUUAACAAACACUCAUCAGCAAACAGCCCGUUGCCAUGCGGACCAAAGGAGGAAGAAGGUGAUGCAGAGCAGAGCUCGGAGCAAUGGCUGCUGGGAAGUACAAUUCUGAGGCACAUGCUGCAGCUGAGGUGCAAUGCUCAGGCCAUCACUGUUCUGCAAGAUAAAGAAGUGGAAAACUCCAGAGUGCAAUCUCAGCAGGAAAUCCGCAUUGCCACAGCGAUGUUCCCAUCCCUCAGUCUUCUCAAUCAUUCCUGCAGUCCGAACACCACCCUGGUGUUCAGCACGGUUCCUGCUGAUGAAGGUUGUGUGGAGGGACUUGCAGACAUCAGUAUAUCUGAAGAAAGGCGGGAAAUUCGGGGGGUCUCUGUGACGGUGAGAGCAGCCAGAGUUAUCAGUCCGGGACAGGAAGUCCUACACUGCUAUGGUCCUCACAGCAGUAGGAUGGUAGCUAAAGACCGCCAGCGCCUCCUGCAGGAACAGUACUACUUCCUGUGUCAGUGUGAGGCUUGCAGCAAUCCAGACAAAGAUGAAGAAGCCAACCAGCCGGGUGUCAAAGGACGUCCAUCGGAGGCUGGACUAUUGUGCUUCAAAUGCAAAGCAGUUGUUAAAAAAAGCCAUGAAGGCAGGUUCUUAUGUUCAACCUGCAGUUAUCAAACCACUUCAGCAGAAGUGAGCAACAAGCUGCAGGAGAUCAGGAUUGUUCUGGAAAAAGCUGUGCACCUCAUGGAGAAAGAAAGACCAGCCGAGGCUCUGCAGCUGCUGAAACAGACGGAGAGUCAUUCUGGGCUGAUGCUUGCACAGACGCAUCCUUUACAGGGGGAGCUGGCUGAUGCAACAGCCAGAGCUUAUGCUACCAUGGGAGAAUGGAAAAAGGCGGCGUCUCAUCUGGAGCGCGGCGCCGCAGCCACUAGCUCUCAGUAUGGAGAGGACAGCGUCGAACUGGGACAACAGCUCUUCAAAUUAGUUCAGCUGCACUUUAAUGGCGGUGCCAGAAGCCAAGCCCUCGCCGUCAUUCCCAAGGUCAGGCGGCUCUUCCUCCUUCACUGCGGUCCCCACUGUCCUGAAUUACUGGAGCUGAAAGCCAUGGAGGAUUGUCUUCGAGGGUAGUCGUCUUUGCAGAAAACGCAAUAUGAAUCUACAUUCAAUAAAGCUCAUUAAAAUAAAGCGUUGGGAAAUGUUCUCUGUGCGUGAAGCAAUUGUUGUAUUUCUGGAUGUGAACACUCGUGUGUGAAUGUAUCCGUCAAUAACUUCAAUUUCAUGCUUCAGUGCCAAAGCUGACAACUGUGGGAAAUGUAGCAGGUAUUUCCAGGAUGCAUUUGGCUCUAAAUGAAUGGAAAUAAAUAUGAACUUUUUUAUGA